CACAAGUAACAUGGUUAGUUGUUUUUGCAAGUAAUGUUGCAGGAGUGUGCUAAAAAAUUAAAUAAAAACAGAAGAAUUUUUUACUGAAUGAAAAUGCAUUCUGAAGAAGUAAGCAGCGUUUGGUUAAACAGGAGAUAUUAUGAGGAUGCCGAAAUCGCUCAUUAUGAAAAAUUGGCAAAAUUGACAGCAGAACGAGCAAAAGUGAUGGAUUCUGGAAAAGCACAAACACCUAGCCAAGGCUUACCUUAUGAGAUAUCUUUACAUACACUGUUUGCUUUAUCUGCAAUCGAAAGCUACACAAAUUGGAAACUAUUAAAUGAAGUUAAAUUAGCGGGAAAAUUUGAUGAUCUCGUAUUUAAAUCAGAUGAAAAGUGUAUGUUGUUACAAGCAAAAAAUGUAAAAGGUGGUAAGAACACUCAAGAUUUUAUGACAGAAAAUCCCAAAAAAAGUGAUUUCAGUAUCGCAAAGUAUUUUUUGUCCUAUUUAACUUUAAAGAAUUUUUAUGAAAUAACACCUAACUCCUUAAUACUAUGCACUACGGCUAGGCUGAACGUUGAUAAUAUUAUGGAUGAAUUACCUGCUGAUGCAGGUCCCGCAAACUUGCAAAAAAUGUUUGGUCUCGAGCCCAAAAAGUAUAGACUUAAAAAAGAAAUAAUGGUUGACAAGCUUUUAAAUACGACAAAACAAUUUCAGAAAAACAUCAGUAAAGAAGAAACCGACAAAGACAAAAAAGAAUGGAAGGAAUUGGAGAUCAAUAGAGAAGAUAUACAAUCAUUUAUAUGUUCGUUUGUUGUUGUUAAAAUUAAUCUCACGAACAUCAAAGCUUUAAUUGUCAGCAAAUUAAAUAAGCUCGAUUAUCAGUGUAAGUUCCCAAUAUCAUCAUACGAAUAUGUAAAAGUUCAUGUAGAAGACUGGUAUUAUUUACCAGCUGAAAAAUCUAUGCCUAUGACAAAAGACUACUUUAUGUUUAUUUUGUGUGGUGAACACAAUCGAAAUUUUCUUCAGAAGUUGGUUAGUACUAAAAUUUAUUUCAAGGAAAGUUAUCAACUUGAUUCAAGUAAUAUUUUUUGCGUCCAAAUACACGACAAUAUUUCUAUGUAUAUAUUGAAAAUUUUAAGAAGCAUUCAGAAAUCAGAAACGCCGUAUUUUUCUCUAAAAGAAAAUACAUUAUGUUUGAUGCAAGAAAUGGAAAAAACAUUUCAUAAAAUGAAAUAUACAAUGGAACAAAAAGUUAUAUGUGAUAUGAUGAAUACAUUCAGAUGUGACAAAAUUAAAUAUUUGAUUGUUUCAUUCCUAUCACUUAAUCAAGAUCAAGCAGUAAAUUUUUUAAAGGAGAUAUCCGAGUAUAUGAUUUCUAAAAAAGACUCGAAAAAAAAAGUAUUUAUAAUCAUCAAAGAACAUUAUUUGCAAAAUAGUGACCCAUCAGUUAAAAUAAUUAAUGAUAAAAUAUAUUUCAAUUCACUAGAGACUGAAACAAAACAACACAUAUAUGCCAAAGAAAUUCAGUUUCAAGGAGAAAAUGUUACAUUAAAUAAUUUGAUUACGAAAAAUAUGAACACUGAACUUGAUGACUAUCAAAUUAAGAUAGAUAAGGGUCUUAAAAAAAUAAUAUUUAGCGAAUAUACUUACUCGAUAGGUUCUAAUAUGCAAACCCAAUCAAAACAGAAGCAGGAAAAUUAUGUUAAAAGAAGCCUAAUGGCUAACUCGGGAGAAUUUCCGGAAAGAGAGUUUUUUGAAAAAAUAGAGAAAAAAAUAGUUGUUGUUACUGGUCCGCCUGGUGCAGGCAAAACAACUUUAUUGAAACAACUAGUUUCACUCAAAAAAGCCGAAGACAGUAAAAUCCGAAAAAAAGUAAAAUCUAAAUUGACAUGGAUAAUUAAUGUUGAUUUACAAAAGUCUAAACAAUUUUUCCGGAAUGAUAUCGAGAAAACCAUAUAUAAUCUAUUGUGUCAGAAUGAAAAUAUAACUCCUGAUAGCUCUUAUUUCGAAGGAAAACUUAUUGAGUCUAUGGGUAAAAUUUUGAUUAUAGACGGUCUUGACGAGAACUGUUCGGAAGUUAUCAACAAAAUACAAAACCUAUUAGCAGAUCAUAAUUCGCUUCAGGCUUUGAAUAUUUCUUUGGUUAUUAUGGGUGCCAGAGAUUACAAUUUGAUCUUAAAUCUUAAAAAAUUAAGAGAUUUAGAUAGUUGUGAGUUAGUUAAAAUAUCUCCAUUUUCACCUUGUGAUCAGUCUUCUUUUUUCAAGAAAUAUCUUAAACAAUUAUUACCUGCAGCAAGUAUUGAAAAUGAUUUAUUUGAAAAGGUAAUAAAUUUGGCUCCAGCAUUUAAAGAUAUUUGUUCAACUCCAUUAUCGCUAGAAAUGGUUUCUAAAAUAAUAAAAAAUAAAAUAUCUAAAUGUGACUCUAUUAAAUCUUUGCGAAAGGUUUUUGAUAACGUUACAAACACAUAUGAUUUUUAUAAUUGCUAUUUACAAGCAAUCAAAGACGAAUUUGCACAAGAUGAUGAGAUACGCCUUGGAGCUUUUGACGGGUAUAUCGACUCGUUAAGAAAAUUUGCGGUGAAGAAUUUGUUUUCUGAUGCCUCUGAUUUUAACCUUUUAGGUUUGUUUAAUGUUGAUGAUGAUUUUGAGAUUCGUAAAGAUGUUUUAAAUGCUAAGUUAUUAAAGGAAUCAGAUGAAGGGUAUGCAUUUGUUCAUUACACUUUUAAGGAAUAUUUUGCAGCAGAAUUGCUGUGGGAUUGCCUUUAUAAAAAAAGACAUAGUCACGACUUAUUGCUCGAAGUGUUUAAUAAAGUGUUUUCAACCUAUGAAUAUAAGGGCGUUUGCGAUUUUUUUGAACUAAUUCUGGAAAUUAAUCAAAACGAAAAAAUAGCUGACUUAUCUAAGGAAUACAAUUCGGCCCUUAAUAAGGUAAAUUGGGAAAAUAAUAAAAGUAUGUCAUCUAUUUGGACCUACUUCUUUAUUGUUAAAUUAGUUUUUGAUAAUUAUACUCAUUUUUACGAUAUUUUAAAAAACAAUGAUCAAAUAAUAAGAACAGCUUUCAUAAACAAGCGCUAUCGCCAAUCUUUCGCAAAAUACUUCGUAGAGAAGGUGGCAAAGGUCAAUAAAGUCAAUAAAAUCGGUUUUAUUAUUAUAACGGCCCUGCUAUAUCACGAUUGCCGAUUUAACUUAGAGCCUGUCGACGACCCCAAGUUCGAGUCCGACGUCGUGUCCGAUUUCGACUACGUCUUCUACUAUGACAAAUACGACUUCAACGACAUGUUCAUGUACGGCAUGUACGACUCCGAGUCCUACGACUCAGCUAUUUCUGGAGUACACUACCCCGAAUAUGCGGUGGACUUUUUAAAAUUGUUAACUAGAGAAUACAAUAUAGAUUUAAACUUUUGUGAUAGGAAUGGAAAUACAAUCAGUCACUACGCAGUUCAGUAUAAUUCACUUAAUACUAUAAAGUAUCUUAAAGAGCAAGGAGCAGAUCUAAGCAUUUCCAACAAGACAAAACGUACACUUGUUCAUGAAGCUGUUCGAAAGGGCUCAUUCGAAGUCCUACGAUAUUUACUAGAAGAUUGUAAAAUGGAUGUUAACGUCUCUGAUGUUUAUGGAAAUUUACCGGUUCAUAUGAGAAAAACGGUAGAUAAUAAUAUUAAUAUUUUAAAGUAUCUUAAAGAAAAAGGGGCAAAUCUAAGCAUUUCAAACAAAGAUAAAAGUACACUUAUUCAUGAAGCUGCUCGAAAUGGCGCAUUCAAAGUCCUACGAUAUUUAGUAGAAGAUUGUAAAAUGGAUCUUAACGUUUCUGAUGUGAAUGGGAAUUUACCGGUUCAUAUGAUAUCUAUGAGAGAUUAUAAUAUUGACAUUUUCAAGUAUUUUAAAGAUAAAGGGGCAAAUCUAAGCAUUUCCAACAAGGAUAAAUGUACACUUGUUCAUGAAGCUGCUCGAAAUGGUGCGUUCGACGUCCUGCGAUAUUUAGUAGAAGAUUGUAAAAUGGAUGUUAACGUUUCUGAUUUUCAUGGAAAUUAUCCGGUUCAUAUGUUAAAAAUGGUAGAUGCUAAUGUUAAGAUUUUAAAGUAUCUUAAAGAAAAAGGGGCAAAUCUAAGCAUUUCCAAUAAAGAUAAAAGUACACUUAUUCAUGCAGCUGCUCGAAAUGGUGCAUUCGAAGUCCUACGAUAUUUAGCAGAAGAUUGUAAAAUGGACGUUAACGUUUCUGAUGUAAAUGGAAAUUUACCGGUCCAUAUGAUAUCUAUGAGAGAUUAUAAUAUUGACAUUUUUAAGUAUCUUAAAGAUGAAGGGGUAAAUCUAAGCAUUUCCGACAAGGAUAAACGUACACUUGUUCAUGAAGCUGCUCGAAAUGGCGCAUUUGAAGUCCUACGAUAUUUAGUAGAAGAUUGUAAAAUGCAUGUUAACGUUUCUGAUGUGAAUGGGAAUUUACCGGUUCAUAUGAUAAAAAUGGUAGAUGGUAACGUUACGAUUUUAAAGUACCUUAAAGAAAAAGGGGCCAAUCUAAGCAUUUCCAACAAGGAUAAACAUACACUUAUUCAUAAAGCUGCUCGAAAUGGCGCAUUCAAAGUCCUACGAUAUUUAGUAGAAGAUUGUAAAAUGGACGUUAACGUUUCUGAUGUGAAUGGGAACUUACCGGUACAUAUGAUAUCUAUGAGAGAUUAUAAUAUUGACAUUUUCAAGUAUCUUAAAGAUAAAGGGGCAAAUCUAAGCAUUUCCAAUAAGGAUAAACUUACACUUGUUCAUAAAGCUGCUAGAAAUGGCGCAUUUGAAGUCCUACGAUAUUUAGUAGAAGAUUGUAAAAUGGAUGUUAACGUUUCUGAUGUGAAUGGGAAUUUACCGGUUCAUAUGAUAAAAAUGGUAGAUGGUAACGUUAAGAUUUUAAAGUAUCUUAAAGAAAAAGGAGCCAAUCUAAGCAUUUCCAACAAGGAUAAACGUACACUUAUUCAUAAAGCUGCUCGAAAUGGCGCAUUCAAAGUCCUACGAUAUUUAGUAGAAGAUUGUAAAAUGGACGUUAAUGUUUCUGAUGUGAAUGGGAACUUACCGGUACAUAUGAUAUCUAUAAGAGAUUAUAAUAUUGACAUUUUCAAGUAUCUUAAAGAUAAAGGGGCAAAUCUACACAUUUCCAACAAGGAUAAACUUACACUUGUUCAUAAAGCUGCUAGAAAUGGCGCAUUUGAAGUCCUACGAUAUUUAGUAGAAGAUUGUAACAUGGAUGUUAACGUUUCUGAUGUGAAUGGUAAUUUACCGGUUCAUAUGUUAAAAAUGGUAGAUGCUAAUGUUAAGAUUUUAAAGUAUCUUAAAGAAAAAGGGACAAAUCUAAGCAUUUCCAACAAAUAUAAAUGUACACUUAUUCAUGAAGCUGCUCGAAAUGGUGCAUUCGAAGUCCUACGAUAUUUAGCAGAAGAUUGUAAAAUGGACGUUAACGUUUCUGAUGUAAAUGGAAAUUUACCGGUCCAUAUGAUAUCUAUGAGAGAUUAUAAUAUUGACAUUUUUAAGUAUCUUAAAGAUAAAGGGGCAAAUCUAAGCAUUUCCAACAAGGAUAAAUGUACACUUGUUCAUGAAGCUGCUAGAAAUGGCGCAUUCAAAGUCCUGCGAUAUUUAGUAGAAGAUUGUAAAAUGGACGUUAACGUUUCUGAUGUAAAUGGAAAUUUACCGGUCCAUAUGAUAUCUAUGAGAGAUUAUAAUAUUGACAUUUUCAAGUAUCUUAAAGAUAAAGGGGCAAAGCUAAGCAUUUGCAACAAGAAUAAAUGUACACUUGUUCAUGAAGCUGCUAGAAAUGGCGCAUUCAAAGUCCUGCGAUAUUUAGUAGAAGAUUGUAAAAUGGAUGUUAACGUUUCUGAUGUCAAUGGGAAUUUACCGGUCCAUAUGAUAUCUAUGAGAGAUUAUAAUAUUGACAUUUUUAAGUAUCUUAAAGAUAAAGGGGCAAAUCUAAGCAUUUCCAACAAGGAUAAAUGUACACUUGUUCAUGAAGCUGCUAGAAAUGGCGCAUUCAAAGUCCUGCGAUAUUUAGUAGAAGAUUGUAAAAUGGACGUUAACGUUUCUGAUGUAAAUGGAAAUUUACCGGUCCAUAUGAUAUCUAUGAGAGAUUAUAAUAUUGACAUUUUCAAGUAUCUUAAAGAUAAAGGGGCCAAUCUAAGCAUUUCCAACAAGGAUAAACGUACACUUCUUCAUAAAGCUGCUCGAAAUGGCGCAUUCAAAGUCCUACGAUAUUUAGUAGAAGAUUGUAAAAUGGACGUUAACGUUUCUGAUGUAAAUGGGAACUUACCGGUACAUAUGAUAUCUAUGAGAGAUUAUAAUAUUGACAUUUUCAAGUAUCUUAAAGAUAAAGGGGCAAAUCUAAGCAUUUCCAACAAGGAUAAAUGUACACUUGUUCAUGAAGCUGCUCGAAAGGGCGCAUUUGAAGUCCUGCGAUAUUUAAUAGAAGAUUGUAAAAUGGAUGUUAAUGUUUCUGAUUUUCAUGGAAAUUUACCGGUUCAUAUUGCUAUGUAAUUGUCUUUUUACGCGGUUGACUCUACUAUUUUAUUUAUUUAUAUCUUUAGGCACUAAGUUUAAUUUAAAUAAAGGAAGACUUACUUAUA